AGCAGACAGAUCAGCGAGGGAGCAGGGCUGUGCUGCUGGUGCGUGAUGCUGGCUACACAUUCCCUGUCUGCUGCUUGAUCCCUGCUGUCUGGCACAAAGUCUAUAGAGCUACCUCACUGGCUGUUGCUGCCGGCCCUUUAAGUACUUUUCUUUUUUUUUUUGUAUUAUUCUUACUCGUGAUUGUUUUACGUCUAUUUUUCUAUGCAGUGAAGGUGAAGCUUUGGGAAGAUUCUGCCUCCCUGAAAUCAUUUUGGAUGUUGGAUUUGUGUUCCUGAGAAGCGACCCAAGAUGCACACAGUGCAGAAGGACACCACGUUCACCAAAAUCUUUGUAGGGGGGCUCCCAUAUCACACGACCGACUCGUCCCUCAGGAAAUACUUUGAGGUUUUUGGGGAUAUAGAUGAAGCUGUGGUGAUCACGGACAGACAGACCAGCAAGUCCAGGGGCUAUGGCUUUGUCACCAUGGCAGACAGAGCGGCUGCUGAACGGGCCUGCAAAGACCCCAAUCCCAUUAUAGAUGGCCGCAAAGCAAAUGUGAACCUCGCCUACAUUGGAGCCAAGCCAAGGAACCUCCAAACUGGUUUAACAAUCGGAGUGCAGCAACUACACCCAGCCUUCAUCCAGAGACCUAUCGGGCUGACGCCACAAUAUAUCUACCCUCAAGCCCUCAUCCAGCCAAGUGUGGUCAUUCCAACGCCAAUCCAGACCCUACAGUCUCCGUACAUUGAUUAUAACGCUGCUACACAAGCUUACACCCAUUACACCACAGCUGCCUAUGAACAAUAUCCCUAUGCAGCCUCGCCCGCCACUGGCUACAUGGGCUAUGGCUAUACCAGUGCUGUCCAGCAGCCAAUCACUGGUACCACCACGGGAGCACCACCCACUGCAUACAUCCAAUACCAGCCUGCACAGCUCCAGCCGGAUCGUAUGCAGUGAGAGGCGAACACUUGAAUUCUUCCUAUGGUUCCUUUUUAUUAACCAUGAGAGGAUACAGCUGCAGAACACAAUUGUAUUAACAGACAGAAUGCAAAAGACUCCUUCGCUGUGCCCUUAAUAUUUCAGUUGUAUUACAGACUAUGUUGGAGGCUCUUUGUUAAAUUUUUUAUUUUAUUUUUUGGCAUCCUGAGAAAACAAGUGGGAGUACUAUAUGGAAAGGGGGACCCAAUCUGGCAAUAGUUUACGUUGUCCCCUCUUGCCUUUUUCUGCAAGAUUAAAAAAAAGUCUCCUGAAGGUACUUUGUGUUUUUCUGUUUAAAAAAAAAAAAAAAACCUUUUCAUUGUGGAUAGUCUAAACUAAAAUGCUCAGCGAUGCCUUAUUAGAAAUAACUAUUUUUCAAUAUUUAUUAUAUAUUAUAAUUUUUUUUUAUUUUUUUUUUAUGUUCACUUUAGCUGUGAAUUAGUAAAAGGGGCAGGAGUAUUUAUCCACUUUCUUUUUUUGCUAAAUUAUUGUACUUUUAUUUUCUUUUUUUUUUUUUUCUUUAGAUAAUUGCUGACUAUUUCAAUAUGCAAAUGACGGAGAUUGGACAUUAAGCUCCUGGUAUUCUGACAUGGGAGUUGUAAAAGCGGGGACCUCCGUAGUCGCGGCACUGUAAUAUUUUAUUGUUAACUGUAAAUUCAGUUCAAAUAGGUAUAUUAAAAAAAAAAAAAGCAAAAAACUAAAGUACAUUGUGUAACUGCUGAGGUCUUAUCAUGCUGCAACAGAGGGAAAUGCAGUAUUUUAUGUACAGAUGAGACUGAGGAAAUGCAACACCAAAAGUGAUUUUACUAGGAUGUGCUUAUGAAUGCAAAAAAUUAUAUAUUUUAUACAUGCAGAACACAGGCUGCACCUAUCCGAUGUCUGCGAAUAACAGAAGACUUUUUUUUUUUCUUAAAUAUGACAACAAUUACUGGACUUUUAAUUUAUAAAUUUUUUAUUUUAUUUUUUUUUAUCCUGUAAGGAACUGACCUUUUUGUCAAGACAAGCAACAACAAGAAAAACAUACAAAAAAUGUUUUUGUUUUGUUUUUCCCCUUUGGUGACCACUAUUUUGGAAAUUCUCUUAAGCUGACAUUGCUUCUUGCAUGUAUUUGAUCUAGGGGGUUUUAUCAGUGCCAACUGGUGACCUGAGAUGUGCGACCUUUCAUUCUCCUACAUGCUUCAUAGGGUCCUUAUACAUAAAUGACAUUACGGGGAGUUUUAAAGAUCUCUGUAGACCUCCAUGGCCUCCUCACCCCCAAACUGAGAAUAUUUGGUAGAAGAAAGUGAAAUGUUCCAAUCUCUAC